UGAGGCUAGCCAUGAUUGGAGGUUUGACCAUGCCAGAGGAGAGAGAAAAUCAAAACCCCCAAAUUUUUUAGAGAGAGAAAGCUUUCUUCCAUUUUUGGAGGUAAGAGAGAGAAAGAAACAAGCUUAAUUAAAUUUAAUUUUUCUGGUGUUUUUUUUGGGGAUAUUAUUUUUUUUCUUCGGAAUUUGUAGAGGAGAGAGAAAGGAGAAAGAUAAUUUCUUUCUCUCUCUCUCUUAUUCUUCUUCUUUUCUGGAAAUUUGAAUUUCUAGGGUUUUUUUUUGGUUUUUUUUUGUGAAAUUAAAUUGAAAUUGAAUGUUGUGAGGGAGAAAAGGAGGGGAAGAGAGAGAAAGGAAACAACGAUGAAUGUGAUGCGUCGUCUUAAAAGCAUUGCGUCUGGUCGCACUUCUAUCUCUGAUCCCGGCGGGGACUGUAGCACCAAGAGGGCCAAAGUUGAGCAAGAAACAGAAGGAAGUUUCACAGAUGAAUCACACCCUGAUGAGAGAUGUACUACAGAAGUAGAGCAACAUGUGGCUUCAACAUCCAUGGAGCAAAUUUCAAGUACAUCUGAUGUGAGUUCUAUUGAUAGGACGCAGAAAGCUGAUUAUGAUAAGCUUCCUACAGAAAUGCAUGGAAUGAAAAUCCAGGAAAACAAAGCAGAUAAAGGUGAUGAUAAGGACAUGGAAGCUGCUUUUGUGAGUGGCAGCGGUACUGAAGCUGGGCAGAUAAUUACAACUACAAUGGGUGGCAGAAAUGGGCAGCCAAAGCAGACUGUUUCUUACAUGGCGGAACGUGUCGUUGGUACUGGAUCAUUUGGUGUAGUCUUUCAGGCCAAGUGCUUGGAAAAUGGUGAGCAAGUUGCAAUUAAAAAGGUGUUGCAAGAUAAGCGAUACAAGAACAGGGAACUUUCUAUCAUGCGCUUACUAGAGCAUCCAAAUGUUGUUCUACUGAAGCAUUGUUUCUAUUCGACGACCGAGAAGGAUGAGGUGUACCUUAACCUCGUCCUAGAGUAUGUUCCUGAAACUAUUUACCGUGUUUUGAAACAGCAUAGUAGGAUGAAUCAGCACAUGCCAACGAUCUAUGUGCAACUGUAUACCUACCAGAUUUGUCGAUCCCUCAAUUAUUUACACAAUGUUAUAGGUGUUUGCCAUCGUGACAUCAAGCCCCAGAAUAUACUAGUUAAUCCACAUACUCAUCAAGUAAAGCUCUGUGAUUUUGGAAGUGCAAAGAUGUUGGUUCCAGGUGAGCCCAACAUUUCAUACAUAUGUUCCCGAUAUUAUCGGGCUCCGGAACUGAUCUUUGGAGCUACUGAGUAUACAACUGCAAUUGAUAUGUGGUCUGUGGGUUGUGUAAUGGCCGAACUUCUCCUAGGACAGCCAUUGUUUCCUGGUGAAAGUGGUGUUGAUCAACUGGUGGAGAUUAUUAAGAUUCUGGGAACACCGACUAGAGAAGAAAUAAAGUGUAUGAAUCCGAAUUACAGUGAGUUUAAGUUUCCGCAGAUCAAGGCUCAUCCAUGGCACAAGGUGUUUCACAAGCGUAUGCCCGCUGAAGCGGUAGAUAUUGUAUCAAGAUUGCUCCAAUAUUCACCAAAGCUUCGAUGUACAGCUCUGGAGGCUUGUGCACAUCAUUUCUUCGAUGAUCUCCGAGAUCCAAAUGCAUGCUUACCUAAUGGCAGACCUCUUCCUCCUCUAUUCAACUUCACACCUGAAGAGCUGGCUCAUGCGACACCCGAAUUACGUGCGCGUCUCACCCUUGACCCCACAAAGAAGUAAAAAUUUCCAAGGCAAUGGUUGCGUCCCCCGGCUAUGGAUAUUUUCCCCUUGAUUUGCUAAUAUGUCCAACUGUGGGUGCUCUUGAAGCUUGUCAUUAUCGUUCCCCGAUUUACACAGAUAUCCAGAAUGAACACUUUGCUAGGCAGAUCAGCAUAUGUUAAUAACUGAGACUGUUUUCUUUGACCGAGUGAUUGGGGAAGUAUCAAGUUUUUAAGAGUGAGAUAUGUGUGGCAAUGGAGGUUUUUUAGCAAUAUUUCCAAAGUUACGGCGCCUCUCCAAUUAUGGUGAAUUGGCAUGUGUAAUUGUGUAUGUUUUUGUAUCUAGUCCUUGGUUAUCUCUGGCCAUCAACACUUUCAUGGAGACUAGACAACUCUUUGCCAUUAUUAGGCUACCUGUAAGUUAUUGUCACUUUUGUGCAUUAUUAUGAGGUGUUUUGGAGAAGAAGUUUAAGCUUUCA